AUGGAAAAUAUAAUUUCUACUUCAUCAACUCCUUCACAACCAAACACACUUCAAAAAAUCCUUCAAUAUAUAAUCCACAAUCGUCAAGAAUGGUGGGUUUAUGCCAUCUUCUGGCAAGCAUCCAAGGACGUUAAUAACCGUCUCAUUUUAUCGUGGGGCGAUGGCCAUUUUCGCGGAACUAAAGAUACAACAGGUUCCGCGAAAAUAGGUCAUAACCAAUAUCAUCAGCUUCAGAAGAAAUUUGGUUUCAAUGGUAUUAAUGACACUAAUAAUAACGUUACAGAUACAGAGUGGUUUUAUAUGGUAUCUAUGCCACAAUGUUUCGUGGCCGAGGAUGAACUCGUUGUACGGGCUUACGCCUCGGCCUCGCACAUGUGGCUAGCUAGUUAUUAUGAAUUGCAACUUUAUAAUUGUGAGAGAGCUAAAGAAGCUAAUUUACAUGGAAUACGUACGAUUGUGUGUAUUUCUACUCCUAGUGGUGUUGUUGAAUUGGGUUCCUCUGAUGUUAUUCAAGAAAAUUGGGAAUUUGUCCAAUUCAUUAGGUCUCUAUUUGGAUCAAACAAUAACAUGAAUACGACUUCUCAUCUACCCGUCAAUCAAGUAACAUUAGGAGAUGUUGCAAAAUGUGGAUCACCCCAACAAGAAGAAGAUAUAAUAGUAAAGCAAGAAGUGGCUAUUGGAAAUCUAUUAUCUGAAUCGGGUAAUUCUGAUUUCGAAAACGAUGACUCUUCAACCAUCAACAACAUUGUCAAUCGAUCAAUUAAACGAGCAAAAAAGGGUGAUUCGAGCAAUAUAACACGAGAAAUGGCUAUGGAUGUUCACGUAGAGGCCGAGAGAAAAAGAAGGGAAAAGUUAAACCAUAGAUUCUACGCUCUACGGAGCGUAGUCCCAUACGUGUCCAAAAUGGACAAAGCUUCAUUGCUAGGUGACGCAGUUACUUAUAUCAAUGAACUUAAAGCUAAAAUAAAAAACUUAGAAUCCAAAUUAAUCGAACCCCAGAAAAAACAUAUACUUAUGGAACAACACGAUUCUCAUAGUUCGUCCUCCACUAUUUUAACUGAACAUGGGGCAAACAAUAAGUCAUUAUUUUCCAGCAACGGGGCACGAAAUGGGAUGGAAAUUGAAGUGAAAAUUAUUGGAUCUGAAGGUGUGAUUCAGGUUCAAUCUUUGGAUAUGAAUUAUCCGUGUACGAGAUUGAUGAACGCGAUGAAAGAACUGAAAUUUCAGAUUUACCAUGCAAGUAUUUCCAGUGUUAAAGAUUUGAUGCUUCAAGAUAUCGUGAUUAGGGUUCCUGAAGAGUUUUUGAAUGAGGAAAUGUUGAAAUCUGCUAUCAUCUCAAAAUUAAGUGUUAUUGAGAAUUAA